UUCCUCGUCCCAGCCCAAGCUCGUAUAUAACCAAAAGAAAACCCUAAACUUCGCUUCUUCUAAAAGAGGGAGAGAGAGGGAGAGAGAGUGUGUGCGCCGGGCAGUAGAGACCUCACAAAUCUUCAGGUCUUCUCGAUUUCUCAGAAAUGGUGACUUUCAGGUUCCACCAGUACCAGGUUGUGGGAAGGGCUCUCCCUACCGAGUCUGAUGAGCAUCCUAAGAUUUACCGGAUGAAGCUUUGGGCCACCAAUGAGGUCCGCGCCAAGUCCAAGUUCUGGUAUUUUCUGAGGAAGUUGAAGAAGGUCAAGAAGAGCAAUGGUCAGGUUCUUGCUAUCAAUGAGAUCUUUGAGAAGAAUCCUACAACAAUCAAGAACUUCGGUAUCUGGUUAAGGUAUCAAAGUCGAACUGGUUAUCACAACAUGUACAAGGAAUACCGUGACACCACUCUUAACGGAGCUGUGGAGCAGAUGUACACCGAGAUGGCGUCUCGCCACAGAGUCAGGUUUCCUUGCAUCCAAAUCAUCAAGACUGCAACUAUCCCAGCUAAGCUUUGCAAGAGAGAGAUCACCAAGCAAUUCCACAACUCAAAAAUCAAGUUCCCAUUGGUCUUUAAGAAGGUUAGGCCACCAACCAGGAAGCUAAAGACCACAUACAAGGCAUCUAGGCCCAACUUGUUUAUGUAACUUGGUUAUUUAACGAUCAAGCUAUAAAGAGAAGUUGAAGUGAGUCCAUUAUUCCUGAAUCUUUUUUUGGUAGAAACCUUUUUGUCUGUUUUGUUUCAAGGAUAUUUUGUCGUUUGAGCAUAAAUUUUAAUUUUAAUUUUUUACCAUUUACAGUACUGGGUUAAGUUUGUCAUGUUAUUGACUUAUGAGAUCUUAUUUAUCAAGAUUUUGCUAUUUCUAUAAGAUA